GUGCUUUGUUUUUUGUCUUUGCUGAGUUGCUAAAGAACAAAUGGGAUUGUAGGGAUUUAGGUAAGUUCAAUCAAUGGUUUGUAAGUAAAACCAAGUAUUUGCGUCUCUGAGUGGUUUUCGAUAUUGCACUGUGUAUGACGUUGCGAAUUGAAAACGAUGGCUGGUGAAGUUGUUGUGGAUGCAUUACCAUACAUUGACCAAGGUUACGAUGAACCUGGGGUGCGAGAAGCUGCUCUGGCCAUGGUUGAAGAAGAAACAAGGCGUUAUAGACCUACGAAAAAUUAUUUAGAACAUCUACCGCCGUUGAAUUUGACAGCUUUUGAGACAGAAAUAAUGCGAAAUGAAUUUGAGAGGAUGCAGCAACGCCUUCCAAUGGAUGUUUUGAGUAUGAAGCGUUACGAACUUCCACCACCUCCUGCUGGUAAGAUGACUGAUAUAGCUGCAUGGACAGAGUGUGUUGAAAAUUCCAUGGCACAGUUAGAGCACCAAGCAACAAGAAUUUGUAAUUUGGAACUGAUGGUGGAAUAUGGUUGUGAAGCUUGGAAGGCCUAUUUGGAGACUUUGGUUCAGUUAGUUACACAGGCGCAGAAACAAUUGCAGAGCAUGAGGAAGCAAAUUCAAGAGAUUAACUGGCAGCGAAAAAACAUGCAAACUCAAGGUGGUGAAAAACUGAGGCAGCUUGAAGCACAGUGGGUAGGCCUUGUGAGUAAAAACUAUGAAAUAGAACAAGCAUGUGCACAAUUAGAAAAGGAAGUGGAAAAAGUGAGGCCAAAGAAAACAGAAACUAACAAUGCAUGAAG